UCUUUCGUGCAUGGCACAUCACAGGCGUUAGUGGGAGACCUGUGUUCGUCUCCUGGACUUAUUGACGGUUAAAACUUUAGUUUAUUGAAGCUAUAGAUGCCGCAAGACGAAAUGAAGAUGUUUCUUGUCCUGAGCGUGAUUCUUCUGGGAAUUCACCAAGCGGCGGCUAUGACACAUACGCUGAUGUACUUCUACACGGCAUCGUCAGGAAUUCCUGGCUUCCCAGAGUUUAUCAAUCUGGGAGUGCUGGAUGGGCAACAGUUUGAUUAUUAUGACAGUAACAUCAAGAAAGUGAUUCCCAAACAGGACUGGAUGGCCAACAAUGUAGAUCCAGAGUACUGGGAGAGAGAGACUCAGACAUCCUCUGGUACCGAGCAGACCUUCAAAGCUAACAUUGACAUCGCCAAGCAGCGCUUCGGCCAGACUGAAGGUGUUCACGUCUUUCAGUGGAUGUAUGGCUGUGAGUGGGAUGAUGAGACUGGAGAGGUUAAUGGAUUUAAUCAGUAUGGUUAUGAUGGUGAAGACUUCGUAGCAUUUGACCUGAAGACAAAAACAUGGAUUGCUCCAAAACCGCAAGCUAUCAUUACCAAACAUAGGUGGGACAGUGACAGGGCUCAGAUUGAAUAUAACUAUAAUUAUUUCACUCAGCAAUGCCCAGAGUGGCUGAAGAAGUAUGUGAACUACGGAAGGAGCUCUGUACUUCGAACAGAGCUUCCUUCAGUGUCUAUCCUCCAGAAACCUUCCUCCUCCAUGAUCAGAUGCCACGCUACAGGUUUCUACCCCAACAGAGCCGAAAUGUUCUGGAGGAAAGAUGGAGAGGAGAUUCAUGAGGGGGUGGACAGAGGAGAGAUCCUCCCCAACGAUGAUGGAACCUUCCAAAUAGGUUCUGACCUGGAAUUUUCAUCAGGGACACCUGAAGACUGGACGAAGUACGAGUGUGUGUUCCAGCUUUCUGGUGCCAAGGAGGAUAUGAUCACCAGACCGGAGAAGCCGGUGGAUGUUUCUACAGGUAUCCUCACUGGUCUGUUAUCGAAGGUGUUGUGCUUCUGGUCGUCCUGGUUCUAGGUGUUGGUGGUGUUGUUGGAGUCUGUUGCUGGAAAAGCCAAAGUAAUGGGGGGCGACCAACCGCUGGUGAAACCAAAUAAAUGACAUGAAACAGACUUUAUUAAUCCCAGAGGGAAAAUGGAAAUGCAUGUUGUAGAAGAAAUAAUGCUCAUGUACAUUUUAAAUGCUUCACACAUACACAUACGAUUUAUCUGCUCACACUAAUCAUACUAAUCAUAGUUUCAUAUUACAUUUAUAUACUCAUCGUUACUAUGUUUCACUUUAUAUUACUAUUUUUUACAUUGUACAUUUUUACACAUCAUGUUUUAAUUCACUUUUAAGGUUUAUUCUCUUCAAAUACAUUUGCUCUGUUUCUAAGCUCACUACGAGGGUAAGAUGACCUUUAUCUGGUCUUUCCUCAGCUCUUUGGUCAGGCUGGUUAGACACGACUGUGUGAGGGUGUUUUGGUGCCAGUCCAGGUGUCUGCGCAAGGUCUCGAGGACGGAGGGUUUUUCCAACAGAAAUGUAAACCUUUUAUUUUUCUCCUGCCUCCUCAGAGUCUCUUUCUGACUUUGUGCGAGUCAAAACGACCACUCUCAUUGCUUACAAGUAAUUGUCUUUGUUAAUUUUCCUUUAAUAAACUUUGUUAUACUUUAACUCA